AGGAGGAUAAGGAUCUAGAGGCUUCCAUAAGCAGGAAGACAUUGAUUAUGCCGAAAUUGCCAAGUGCACUUACCGUCGAAGAGAAGAGAUUUCUUUUGGCUGUUGAAAGAGGAGACUUGCCUAAUGUUAGAAGAAUGCUGCAAAAGGCCCACAGGAAGAAAACCAACCUGGACAUCAACUGUGUGGACAGUUUUGGUAGAGGAGCAAUGACCAUAGCCAUCGAUCAAGAAAACUUGGAAAUGGUCGAAUUGCUGAUCAUCAUGGGAGUAGAUACGAAAGAUUCUCUGUUACACGCUAUCAACGUGGAGUUUGUCGAAGCUGUUGAACUCCUUUUGGAACACGAAGAGCUCAUACAUAAGGAAGGAGAGCUAUAUAUUUAA